AUGCCACCCAAAGCCACCGAAAAAGCCGACAAGAUGUUCAGUGCCGAUGUUGUCGCCGCUGUCCUCUGCAGCACCGGCAUAACUAGCCUGUCGAUGAAGAAUUAUGAAAUGAUGAGUUCUCUCGACGGCAAGAAGUCGGCCUAUGGCUUCCAGCACGACUUUCGCUCUGUCAUUGCCAAGGCCAAGGAGCUCAGGGCGCGGGUUGAAGGCGGCGAGGAGUUUGAGCCCGUGGCAUCUUCAGCCAAACGCGGUCCGACCACGCCCGUAAGCACGCCGAGCAAGCGCAAGAACGCCGAGGUUUCAGACGCCGACAAGACACCCUCGAAGCUGCCUUCUAAGAAGCGGGCAACGCAGGUCAAGGAGAAGUCUGCAAUGGAGGGUCAAGAUAAGCAGGAAUCGAAUGCGGUCAAGGACUUCAAGAACUGCUUUCCAGAGGACAUUGACACGUUCAUCAAGGGCGAAGCGGCUUGGGAGGAGGAGAAAUAUGUCUAG